ACGCCGUAUAGCAACAGACAAAAGAAAAAUAAACAUUUGUGUAACUGGUCUAUGCAAAACACCGCAACAUUUUUUAAACACUUACAAAACAAAUUUGCAAGCAUUUUAAGUUAAAACUUUUUUAAAAAGAACCAGCACUGUAUGUACUUCAUUAAUACACAUACUUGCCAUCUUUUGGAUUUUUGAAAAAUCACUUCUCAAGCCUCUACAAAAUGACUGAAUUCCAGUGGCCAUGGGAGUACACAUUUCCACCAUUUUUCACUUUACAGCCCCACGAGGAGACACGCAAUCAACAAAUAAAAGUUUGGUCUGAUCUCUUUCUGCGCUACCUCAAGCAUUUGAACAAAUUCCAAGUGAAUAUCAACGAAAAUGGGUUUCCACUUUUCUACAAUGAAGCAUUGAAGCGACGCUUGUCAGCCGAAACUAUAUUGCACAUAUUGGAACAGCUGCAACGUACCGGACAUGCAGCUCCGCUAGAUAAACGACGCGUGGAAUGGCAAGUGUAUUGGUAUACAUUGGAGGAAUAUGCGAAUAUGGUGUAUGACUGGAUACAGCAGACUGGACAAAUGAAUACGAUUUGUACAUUGUAUGAAAUUGCAUCUGGUGAUAAUUCCGAGGGCAUGGAAUUCCAUGGCAUAGACGAGGCGGUGCUGUUGAAUGCGAUGCGCGUGCUAGAGAAUAAAGGCAAAUGUGAGGUGGUGCAAUUGGAUGAUAGUUAUGGCAUAAAGUUUUUCUAGGGGUCUGUGCUUUCUUUGCUAGUUCCAUAUGUGUAAAUAAACUUAUAUUAAUUAAUGUCUGUCAAGGCUUAGGAAAGAAAAUUACAAAUCUGCUUUAAUCGAACGAUUGGUUUUUUAACGAAAUAAUAGACAUAGGUACGUAUUAUUGCAAAUAAUCAUGAUUUUUCGCAAAAUGUAAAUUUUCUUUAACUUUAACAAUGCAGAAGUGUUUCUUUUCCAUUUUGUUCUUAUAUCAGCUGUUCGAUGGCGCAUAAUUAGGUCUGUUCGUCGACCAAAAAAUUUUUACGAAUUAUGAUUUUGCCCAAAUCGCUUUCGUGCAGACCAAAAAAUUAUCAA